AUUUAGUGAAUCGGAUCACCUCGGGCCCAUGUGUGCGACAUGUGACCAGCAGUCAAAUAAAGCAGUAGGCUGGUGAAACUUUGGUCAGGAACUUCGUAAAGAGAGGCUGCGCAGACGCUCAGUGAACGGAACAUGCCUCCUGCUCCAGCAGAUGUUUUGGGCUCCAAGCCCCUGGAUGGCGGUUGGGGCUGGAUGGUGGUGAUUGGGGCCCAUAUUUCCAUUGGGUUUGCCUACUCCACACCCAAAGCCCUUUCCAUUUUCUUUAAAGACAUUCAAGAAGACUUGCAGGCUGGCUACAGUGAAAUAGCAUGGAUUUCCUCUAUUAUGCUAGCUGCCAUGUAUGCAGGAGGACCGGUGAGCAGCAUGUUGGUCAAUCGUUUUGGGAGCCGACCAAUUGUCAUCAUGGGUGGACUGAUGUGUGGAGUGUCUAUGGUAACCGCAUCUUUUGGGAGCUCCAUCGCUUAUCUCUACUUCUGCAUUGGCGUCAUUGGAGGUUGUGGACUCGCCUUUAACCUGAAUGCAUCUCUCACCAUCAUCAGUAAAUAUUUUCUGGCCAGGCGUCCUUUAGCCAAUGGACUUGCUAUGGCUGGCAGUCCAGUGUUCCUUUGUUUCCUGGCUCCUCUUAACCAAUAUCUACUGGGCACAUAUGGCUGGAGAGGAAGCCUCCUUAUCCUGGGGGGUCUGAUGCUCAACUGUUGUGUUGCUGGAGCCCUCAUGCGACCUGUUUGUAAGACACUCGCUUGUGCACCGCAGCAAAACGUGGAUCGGCCAAAUAAGUGCAAGACUAAGAUAAAAGGAAGCUGUGUGAAGAACACAAAGAAGUUUGUGGAUCUGUCCUUUUUCAGGGACAGGGGCUUUGUCAUUUACCUAAUAGGAAAUGUCAUGUUCAUCUUUGGAGCGUAUGCACCCAUUGUGUUCCUGUCUACCUAUGCUGUUAGCCAAGGUGUUGAGAAGUACUCUGCGGCCUACCUGCUCUCCAUUAUGGGCUUUGUUGACAUGUUUGUUCGACCCGGCACAGGCCUGGUAGCCAACAGCAAGUGGAUCAGGCCUAGAAUUCAGUACUUCUUCAGCUUUGCCAUGGUUUUUAAUGGAACGUGCCAUUUGCUGUGCCCUCUGAUGAGGAGCUAUACCCUCCUGGUGGUCUACGCAGUAUUUUUUGGUGUGGGGUUUGGGAUGGUUUUCGCCCUGAUAUUUGAAUGCCUCAUGGAUCUGAUGGGAAAUCAGCGCUUCCCCAGCGCCGUUGGACUUGUCACGAUUGUGGAGUGCUUCCCCAUGCUGCUGGGACCACCUGCUGCAGGGUUACUGGUAGACAUCUUUGGCGACUACAAGUACCUUUUCCUCAUGUGUGGCUCAGUCAUCACGACUGGCGGGCUUUUUCUCUUCGUCAUGAACAUCUACAACUACCACAUGCUGGAGAAAGAAAAGAGAGCUAAAGACCGAGAGCGUAACCAAACUAACAUAGAGAACCAGGAGCAGAUGAGCAUCUCAGCGGCAGAGAUGGAGCAGCCUGAAGCUGAGGAGACGGAGAUGAGCGCAGCCCAGCAGGGCCCAGAGAGCGCCGAAACAAAAUGAAAUGUGAUUGCUUUAUUUAGCGUGAAUGCAGCGGGGUGAUAGUUGUAGCUGUACAGGUUGAUCUUAGCACAGAUUGCUUUCUGCUUGCUCGCACUCAUUUUUAACAGACUGAUUUAUUCGUUCAGUCAGUCGGCAAUUACUUUGACUUUUGAUGAACUGUAAAGUCUUUCAACCAGCAGACAACACAGAGACUACAGCCAUGCUAACAGGUUGUAUAGCAACUUGAGCUAAUUGCUAAUAUCGGCGCGCAAAGCUGCUUAACAUUGUUAAACGUGGAGAUUUCUCACUGGUAUAGAUUUUUGACUAUAUUCACCAUGUUAGCUUAGUGUGUUUCCUUUUUUUAAUUACUUUUGCUAAUUAGCACAAGGUAGAGCUAAAGCUGAUGGAAGUUUUGCUGUACAAGCCAUACAUACAUACGUACGUACAUACAUACAUGAACAACUUUGACCUGAUUAUGGCUCUUGAUGAAGAAUUGAAGAUGGUUAACCAAUUUUUUUUGAAAGUUUAAAAGUUUUUUCCUGUGCAUGUGAGUUUGUGCAGCCUGUAAGUAAAUAUCAGUAUUGGGUCAAGUUUUUUUUAAAUGAGAAAUGCAUCUUGUUGGAGUACCUUUUGUGUUACCAAAAACAAAACCCUUUUUGCAAUUCAUUCUUGAUCCUGCCAGUUAUUUUGUUCUGAAGGCACAACUCUUAUUAUACAUUAACCUUUUGAUUUGUAUUGAUCUACCUCAUUGCAAACCGAUAUGAGUGCCUUUUACUCUGUAAACAACAAAAAGCUGUUUGUUUUUCCACAGAGUAGGAUGGGGAACUAAAACUAGAAGUUAUUAUUUCUGAGUUGACUCACUGGCACCUCUUUAUCAGUGGACCUCGCCAGCAGCUGUGUUGUGAAGCUGUUGUGCUUUUUCACAUUUCAAGCAGCGCUGUUUGUAGCUGAGAGACAUUGUUUUCUCAGACACAGUCUGUGAUUUCUUGUAUUGUUGUUCUUUUUUCUGCACAAUUGAAAAGUGAUGCGAAUAUUUACUGUAAAAAAUGUAAAUUCUGGAAUUUACAGUUUGUUGAUCAGGUCUUGUUGUCAAAAUGAUAUGAUGCUACCCUGUGCAUCAAGUUUGGUUGAACUCUUGAUGGUUCAGGAGGGGUUUGUGGACAGACAGAGAUUUCUGUUUUUAUAGUAAGUUACAGCAAAUCUCAUGUUUUUAUUACUUUCCUCAGUAUGCUUCAAGGUUACAUGACACUUUCUAGAAAAUGAGUAAAUUAUCCCACAGCACUAAGGCCACACAGAGGAAGAAAAACUGUGACAGUGAUUCUUAAAAUGAAAUGAAAUUGUAUUUUCUGUCUUUUUAUAUAAUGCGUUAGUAAUGCAGAUGUGUCUGGGAUUUUCUUUUUUGUUUACUGGGUUAAAAAAAAAAGUUACAUUUGAGUAGUAAUGGAUGGAAAAGAUGCCAUGAAUUGCAAAUGUGUUAUGUUACCCGUGACAACAAAGAAAUAAAAGAGUACUGUCACAAAGUACAAAGCUAAGACCUUUAGCUAUAUGUCAAACUUUAGCUGCUCUAAACAGCUAAUUUCUCUCCUGUUUAAAUAUCAGUCAUCUCUUUAACAUUCAUGGGGAAAUUAUGACCAGCAUGUUUUACUAAUUUACAGUCAUCUGUCCACUCUGUCAGCUCUCUAGAGGUAUGCCAUUUGUACAACUGCACCUGUCUGGACUCUGGAGCAAUGUUGAAUUGUGUACUUUCCUUUAAACCUGUGAUGUUUUUCCACCGUUGUUUUCACCGUACUGAAAACACUGAUAUUUUGUUGUAGUACUGCACAUGCAGUGAUUACAUUUUAUAACUUCUACUUUCUGUAUGUGAAAUACUGUGUCUGCUGGUCCAUAUUUUUCCAUUUUUUUUGGUUGGUCUUUGUAAAGUCUGUAAAGUUUAAACAUACACUAACAAAGCCCGUUGUUGGAGUCUUAAACUGACUUUAAUUCUGUAAUCAACAGCACGUGAUGACACCUUUUUAACCUUUUUAACCGUUUGUCAGUAUUUAUUAAUUUCAAGCUGAAACACAAACUAACGAGUGCCCCAAAAUGAUGCCAUAAUUUUGUGUUGACAUUUAACAGUCACAUUUAUUUUAUGGAGAAGAUGGAUUUGUAUAAACUGUUAAUCGAUUUAAUGCUAUGUAUUUGCUUUUCUUAUUUGAUUUCUUUAUCUGAGUAACAAUUUUAAGGUUUACUUUUCGAAACUGUUCUGAUUCUUUUGAAAUUUACACACCAGAUCUGACAUAUUUUUAAGAUGUGCGAAUUGUACCAAUAAUGGUAGAUGACACUAUGUGGUUUAUCUAUGUAGAUGAUUAUUUAGGUCUUCAAAUGAGAAGGAUGAAUAGCCCUGUUUAAUUUCCCUCCUCAUUUUUUGCACUAUCCAGCGUGCUUUUUUUGCAUUUCACUUUCAUCCGGCGAUGCUCAAGAAAUGCCAUCAAAUCAAGAUGUAGCGUGCAGCUUUUUCAAUGUUGGCGCCUGUGUCCAAUUUUUCACGACAAUUAGAAAACUGGGGAACAAGUUUGGAAAUGUCAGCCGCUUAAGGGUGUGAGCGCCUAAUGAACCAAAGCCCGGCUGUUCCAGGCUAGUGCUCCUGUGUGCGGCCUCACACGCAUCAGCAAAUCAGUGGGCCAAUAAAUUAGAAAUGCACAGGCGAGUACAGAUACACACGUGUUUGCUAUCUCCUGUCCCUUUGCUGAGUAUUAUACAAGGUCUUUGGACAUGACAAGGUGGAAAGGUACCCGAGAGACGAGGCUGCGGUUGCAGCGGCCAGGAAUCCGUUUGUCAUUAUUAUAUUCACUCUCACCUCGUGCUCCCCUCUGGCCUCCUGACCCUCCUCUACAGGCUGCCCUUCUCAUAAUGUUUGUUCCUGUGGAGUUCCAUAAAUGUUGUCCUCCAUGCCCAAUGGUAAAAAAAACACAAGACUUCUGGAUCUCCAGAGGGUCUUGGAGGUGGUCCAAUGACUAGGCAAUGCUGGGUGAAAAGUGCUGUGGAGCAAAAAAUAAACAGCCGUGAAUAAAAUGGCUUGAGGGUAGUUUACACUUCUGCAUUGCUGUUUAGUAAUUUCACAGUUAAUGCAAUGUUAUGUGAUCAUGAUCUCAAUAAACAUGGGCUACGUCCUUACC